UUUUAGGACGACCCAAAAAAAUAAUAAAAUGGGUGACGCGGCCUACUACCGCGCUGUGGAAGCUUCUGAACGACGGUUGAGCGAACUUCGGGCUGCUAAUCGAGAAAGUGUUAGAAGAGUGCAAGACAAAAUAACCAACGAGCAAACGCAACAUCAGGCACGUAUGGCGGAAAAAGAACAAAAGAUCCAUGAUGACCAGUUACGGAAUUCAAAUUCCAACGUUGCGAAGAAGAAUGCCGCAGAUAUAUGAUAAAUAACCAUGAAUAAAUUUUCAUAA